AUGACCUCUCAGAAAGUGUGCUCCUGCCCCUGCGACCCGGCCUGGAAAAGCUCCAUCACCUCCUGCCCCUCGUCCCAGAGCCUCAGAGACGUCAGGGACCCCGGUGCCUCAGCGAUAAAAGGCCACGAAAAUAGGGGUCCGUGUCAGGCAAAGCCGUCAUCCCUCAGCCUCUCGGAGUUUGUGAGGGUUUUUCCUCCCAAGUUUCCUCCGUGUAAAGGAGACACAGGCUCAGCAAUUCUGCACCACGUCUCUUGGCAGUCGUCGGUGGCACAGACACACCCACAGCUCAGGUUUCCAGCCAGGACACGUGGAGGAUGCAGAGGGAGCCUCUCUGCCACCCCUGAUGCUGUGAGACCCCUCAGCUGCAGCCUCCUCCGCACCCGCCUGCCCUGCAGUGACACGGGGCCAGCAGAGCUUGGUCUUGGCAGUCACAACACGGGAAGAGGAGGAGGAGGAGGAGGAAGAGAGAGAAAGACAGAACUAAAAACCCUUGAAGGAUGGCUCUCCAAAAUUCCUGGCGGAACCACGGGGAAUCCCUGGGAGCGCGGGAGCAGAGAUGGCCGAGCCCGGAGGUGUUUGAUGAGCAGAUUGGGUCUUUAUCUCGGCGCUGGAGAGCAGCGGGUGUGGGAGACGCCAGAGCUUUGCAGGAUUUCUGCUGUUUGUUUGUUUUCUUCUGCUGAAAUCCGUCUGCCUUUUCAGUGCUCUGUACAGAAUUUUGUAGGGGCUGAAUGCGUUUCUGCUUUAUGGAUGGUUUUUCAUAUCAUCAGAUUAAACGUAUUGAAAGUUAAGGAGAAACUAUUUUAAAAUAAUCCCCUCUCUUUUAUUCAGUCUGUUUACCAGCAGCACUCCCUAUAAAAUACAUAUUCAUGCCAGAUUCUUUUGUUAUCCUUUCCAGGUCAGACCCAACAUUAGGAACGCAAACAAUUUUGCUUUUGCUAUCCCAGUGCCCGUUCCUCAGGAUUUAUUGAGAUGCUCUUAGUGAAGUGAUUGUUCUCACAAUAGUUUCCUCUGCAAUUUAAUUAAUUAAGCCAAAAAAUUAAA